UUGUUCCCCAGAGGCGCUGAUCAGGAGUACAGCGCCUUCAGAGUGGCCAUGGUUCAAUUCGGCACGGCAGAUUUCAGGCUGACUCCACAUAUAGACAACCUGGAGGUGGCCAACAGCUUUGCUGUUACCAACUGCUUUUGCUCACAGUUUUCCCGGGGGGUGUACGCCAUCUUCGGGUUCUAUGACAAGAAGUCAGUCAACACCAUCACGUCGUUCUGCGAGACGCUCCACGUGUCCUUCAUCACGCCCUCCUUCCCUGCGGAGGGGAUGAACCAGUUCGUCCUCCAGAUGAGGCCGGACAUCAAGGGGCCGCUGGUGUCUUUAGUGGAGUACUACAAGUGGGAGAAAUUUGCCUACCUUUAUGACAGCGAUAGAGGUCUUUCCACCCUUCAAGUGAUUCUGGACACGGCAGCAGAGAAGAAAUGGGUGGUCACAGCAAUAAAUGUUGGAAACCUCAAAGACGAGAGAAAAGAUGAGGCCUAUCGCUCUCUGUUUCAGGAUCUGGAAAUCCGUAAAGAACGACGCAUUAUCCUGGACUGUGAACAAGACAAAGUUAAAGACAUCAUGGAGCAGGUCAUCACUAUUGGGAGGCAUGUGAAAGGAUACCACUACAUCAUCGCUAACCUUGGUUUUGUAGAUGGGGAUCUCUCUAAAAUCCAGUAUGGAGGAGCCAAUGUGUCUGGGUUUCAGAUCGUAGACUUCGAUGAUCCUGUGGUGGCGAAGUUCGACCAGCGAUGGGAAGCUCUGGAGGAGAAGGAGUACCCCGGAGCGGACAUGAGGAUCAGGUACACUUCAGCCCUGACGUUUGACGCUGUCCAGGUGAUGACCGAAGCAUUUCGCUUUCUCCACAAGCAGCGAAUAGACAUGAGUCGGCGUGCCAACAGCGGUGACUGCUUGGCCAAUCCUGCGGUGCCGUGGGCCCAGGGGGUGGAGAUUGAACGUGCCCUCAAACAGGUACGUGUGGACGGUUUAACAGGGAACAUUCAGUUUGACCAGUACGGAAAGAGAGUCAAUUACUCCGUCACCAUUAUGGAGCUGAAAAACAACGGCCCUGUUAAGAUUGGCUACUGGAACGAGGUCGAUAAGAUGGUGGUGACCAAGUCUGACCUCUACCCUAACGACACCAUGGGCAUGGAGAACAAGACCGUCAUCGUGACUACUAUACUGGAAGCCCCUUACGUCAUGCUGAAGAAGAACGCCGAGCUGUUUCAGGACAACGAUCGCUACGAAGGAUACUGCGUUGACCUGGCUGCGGAGAUUGCAAAGCAUUGUGGGAUACGCUACCAACUAAAGAUUGUUGGAGAUGGAAAGUACGGAGCAAGAGAUGCUGAGACCAAGAUCUGGAAUGGCAUGGUGGGAGAGCUGGUGUAUGGGAAAGCUGACAUAGCAGUGGCUCCCCUGACCAUCACGCUGGUUCGAGAGGAGGUGAUAGAUUUCUCCAAGCCCUUCAUGUCUCUGGGCAUCUCCAUCAUGAUCAAGAAGCCUCAGAAGUCCAAACCAGGAGUCUUCUCCUUCCUGGACCCGCUGGCCUACGAGAUAUGGAUGUGCAUCGUCUUCGCCUACAUAGGCGUCAGUGUCGUGCUUUUUCUGGUGUCUCGAUUCAGCCCUUACGAGUGGCAGCUGGAGGAGCCAGAAGACGGAGCGUUGCCGCUGACGACGGAAUCCACCAACGAGUUUGGGAUCUUCAACUCUCUCUGGUUCUCUCUCGGCGCGUUCAUGCGACAGGGAUGUGACAUCUCGCCAAGGUCUCUGUCGGGCCGCAUCGUGGGAGGCGUGUGGUGGUUUUUCACGCUGAUCAUCAUUUCGUCAUACACGGCUAAUCUGGCCGCCUUCCUGACGGUGGAGAGGAUGGUGUCGCCCAUAGAGAGCGCCGAAGACCUGGCGAAACAGACAGAAAUAGCGUACGGCACCCUGGAUUCAGGAUCGACCAAGGAGUUCUUCAGGCGCUCCAAGAUCGCCUUGUUCGACAAGAUGUGGCAGUACAUGAAAUCAGCGGAGCCUUCAGUGUUUGUCAAGAAGACGGCGGAGGGCGUCCUCCGUGUCAGGAAGUCCAAGGGGAAAUACGCCUACCUGCUGGAAUCCACUAUGAACGAGUACAUCGAGCAGAGGAAGCCGUGCGACACCAUGAAAGUGGGGGGGAACCUGGACUCCAAAGGCUACGGCAUCGCCACCCCAAAAGGCUCUCCAUUAAGAGUGCCAGUAAACCUUGCGGUAUUGAAACUGAAUGAGCAAGGAACCCUAGACAAGAUGAAAAACAAGUGGUGGUACGAUAAAGGAGAGUGUGGCUUCAAGGACUCCACCAGUAAGGAAAAGACCAGCGCUCUGUCUCUCAGCAACGUGGCCGGGGUCUUCUACAUCCUGGUCGGAGGUCUUGGUUUGGCCAUGAUGGUGGCCCUGGUCGAGUUCUGCUACAAGAGUCGCGCUGAAGCCAAGAAAAUGAAGGUAGCGCAACACCCCACCAACUUCAACCUGCAGUCUCCCAGCCACCAGCCAAACUAUGUGACGUAUAAAGAGGGCUACAACGUUUACGGCAUUGAGAGCGUCAAGAUCUAA